AUGGUUUUCUUUGAUCAAACAUUGAACCAUUUCUAUGCUUUUCUUCUCAUCUUCGUCGCCUUCUUACUCCUCUCCUAUUCUUCCUCCCCUGUCUCAUGCAAUGAAAUCCAUCCUAAGAUAAACGCUACCGACCCUUCUGGUCGCCAACCAGCCGCAGCGUACCAAGUGCUGCGCAUCAAGAACACCACCCCCUACUUCUUGAACAAGCUGGAGAGGGGAUUCGAUAAGAAGAGGAAGAGGAAGUUGACGAAGCGAAGGAAGAUCAACAUGGAUAGCAACUUCAAGACCAGGCCUUUCACCGUCAUGCUUCCCAAGGGUUUCGUCCCUCCUUCAGGUUCAUCUCCGUGCCACAAUGACAAGCCUGACACGGCUGUUUCCCAGGACCUUAUCUGUGGCCUCUCUGGCACUACUGCAAAACCCUAG